UAUUCCCACUGUCCUGUGUGGUGCAGCAGUAUGCCUGGGGGAAGAUGGGUUCUAACAGUGAAGUGGCUCGGCUGCUGGCCAGCAGUGACCCACUGGCUCGGAUCUCAGAGGACAAGCCAUAUGCAGAGCAGAGAAAAAGCCAAAGCACAGGAAGACUUUAGCCUCUGCUUCUGAGACUGCAAUAAAUGAAUUUACUUAAACCCCUCACAGAGCCAUUUGAGAGUCAGAGCUUUUCACUGACCGUGACAGUGCAAGUGUCGUUCACCUCACUGGACAGAUGAGGAAACUGAGACCCAGAGACUGGGCAUAACUACCCCAAGCCUCCACAGCUGGUUGGAGCCAGAGCCUGGACUAGAGUGUUGGUCUCCUGACCCCCGAUGUUCUGGGGUCUGCUGCCCUGAUGUGUGUCUGUGAUGGAAUUUAUACCCAGUCUUGGGAGGCCCAUCUCAGGAAUCAGCUGCCCUAUGCGGUGCACAGGGUAAUGAAUUGGGUCACCAGCUGUUGGUGCCAGAUUCUUCCUUUUUCCCUCCCAAGUUUCCUGUUUUUACAGCUGUGGAUGGGGACCCACCCUCGAGGAGAUGCCAAGAUUCUUGACAACUGCAUCUCACAGAAGACCCUGGGCCAAUGGAUUGCUGAGAACCAGGACUGCUUGGGCUCAAAGGUCAAGGAUACCUUUAAUGGCAAGCUGCCCUUCCUCUUCAAAGUGCUCUCGGUUGAAACGGCCCUGUCCAUCCAGGCACAUCCUAAUAAGGAGCUGGCAGAGAAGCUGCACCUCCAGGCUCCACAGCACUACCCUGAUGCCAACCAUAAGCCAGAGAUUGCCAUUGCCCUCACCUCCUUCCAGGGCUUAUGUGGCUUCCGGCCAGUUGAGGAGAUUGUCACCUUUCUGACAAAGGUGCCUGAGUUCCAGUUUCUAAUUGGAGAUAAUGCAGCCACACAGCUGAAGCAGAGCAUGAGCUGCGACUCCCAGGCUGUGGCCUCUGCCCUGCAGAGCUGUUUCUCCCACCUGAUGAAAAGUGAGAAGAAGGUAGUGGUGGAGCAGCUCAACCUGUUGGUGAAGCGGAUCUCCCAGCAAGUGGCUGCUGGAAACAACAUGGAGGACGUCUGUGGGGAGCUCCUGCUGCAGCUGCACCAGCAGUACCCAGGUGACAUUGGAUGCUUUGCCAUCUACUUCCUGAACCUGCUUACCCUGAAGCCGGGGGAGGCCAUGUUUCUGGAGGCCAACGUGCCCCAUGCCUACCUGAAAGGAGACUGUGUGGAGUGCAUGGCAUGUUCAGACAACACAGUGCGUGCUGGCCUGACACCCAAGUUCAUCGAUGUGCCAACUCUGUGUGAAAUGCUCAGCUAUACCCCCAGCCCCAGCCAGGACAGGCUCUUUCCUCCAGCCCGGAGCCAGGAAGACCCCUACCUCUUUAUCUAUGAUCCUCCUGUGCCAGACUUCACUGUUAUGAAGAUGGAGGUUCCUGGCUCCAUCACUGAAUACAAGGUCUUGGCCCUGGACUCCGCCAGCAUCCUCCUGAUGGUGCAGGGGACAGUGACAGCCAGCACCCCCACAGCCCAGGCAGCAAUCCCCCUGCAGCGUGGUGGGGUGCUCUUCAUUGGAGCCAAUGAAUGUGUCUCACUGAAGCUCACUGUGCCUAAGGACUUGCUGAUGUUCCGUGCCUGCUGUCUGCUGUAGAGGCCACAGCCUUCCUGGCUCUCCUCUGCCAGUCACCCUAAUCCUGGCCAGCCUCACAUCCUCAAGCCCAGCCCGGACCCCUUCCCUGCUCUGGGCUCUUUGGGUAUACCCGGAAAGAGCUGGGGUAGAGCAGUACACUUGAAGAGGCAGUGACUCCUGAGCAGGCUGAACCAUCUUCCUCCCGGUAGGAGGGGCCCACGAAGGACUAAGGCUGACAGUCCCCUUGUAUCCCCCCCGUACUUGGACCGGUCUCUUCUCAGCGCAGGAAGCAGCAGCUCUGUGCCGGCCUCGGCAGUAGGCGGGCUGAUGAGAUCUAUGAAUAGCUCAGCAUCGGUCACAGCAAGAAGGGAGGUAAUGGUUUGUGAGAACAGGGUUCUGGCCCUGGGACUGCCCGUUUUCUCAGCUGCAGAGGGAAAAGGGGAGGCCUGUGGACUAACACUGCUCUCACUCUGGCUGUGUCAAAGCAAUUAAAGAUCACUUGUGUUGAAGCCUGUGGGCUAAACAGCA